UUCUUCAGCGACAAAAUGACUAUUUGGUGCAACUCCUGCAAAUGUCAUGUAAGGGCUCCGUGCACCUCUCACCGUCUGCCUGAGGAUGACCGCCGCUCAUUUUGCAGAAGGAUCAGAUCCACCAAAGGAGCAUCCAAAGCCCGACGGGACCACAUCAAUCAUGAGAUCAGGAAUAUGCGGGCUCUGUUGCCCAUCACCCAGGAGGACCAGGAGCGUCUCUCCUACCUGCACUCCAUGGCAGCCAUCUGCACCUACAUCAGGAAGUCUGUUCUCCUCCAGGGACUCCCAGCUGGGGAGAGAUCACACUGCUCUCUGCCAUACGAGGCCUUUCUUCAAGCCCUGCAUGGCUUUAUCCUGGUCACUACCACCAAUGGGAGGCUGGUCUAUGUGUCCGAAAACAUAGCUGAAUAUCUUGGUCUGUCCAUGAUUGAUGUGCUUCAAGGAGACACAUUCUAUGACAUGGUGGAGCGAUCUGAUGUUGAUACUGUUAAAUCAAACCUGGACAUCGAAAACAACUCAUCAUCAGAGAGGAGCUUUAUAUGUUGUAUGCAAACCUCCAAAGCCUUCAAGCUGCAACACGGCAGCUGCUGCUCCAUGCUGGUCAGAGGGAGCUUCCAGUCCUUUCCUCAGCCCUGUCCAUCCUCCUCAGCAGCCCCUCCCGCUACUGAGCCUCUGUUUGUUGCCCUCUGUACCCCCACAGUGAACCGCCUGAGGAGCUCUGACUCCCACCUCUGUCACAGCUUCAACAGCGUCCACAGACUCGAUAUGACUUUCACUCAGCUGUCAGAGAGUGUUUUUUAUUUUUUGGGGUAUUCAGCCGAGGAAAUGACUGGUCGAUCAUGGUACAGUCUCAUCCACCCUGAGGACCUUUCGUUAAGUGCAGAUUCUCACAGAAGUUUAAUGCAGACAGAUGAUGGCUUCCAGGUAGAGAUGGUGCUGAGACUCCAGUGUGAGGAUCUGUCAUGGACCUGGAUCUACAUUCGAGCUAACAAGGACUCUGAGUGUCAGGGCAUCAGCUGCACUAACUAUAUCAUCAGUGAAACAGAGGCCAGGUUUCUGCAGAAGAAAAUCAGCAGAGACGCCUUCAGGCCAUCAUCUCUGGCAAAUCCCUGCCACUUUGUGGCUCAACAGGCGCCCCGCUCUCAGACCCUAAACAACAUUAAAUGUUUUAAAAGACAGAGGACAUCUGACAGCCAAAGUGAGGAGCCAAGUUCCAGAGUUAGGAGGGAAUCAGAGCAAGACAUGUGUUAUGUAGCGUGUGCCUCGUCUCAAGGCGACAGCUCCCCUGUUCCCUUGAGGGACAGCCCUGCUCUCUUCACCCCUCCCUACAGCCCAGCCUCCUCCAGCUCCCCUCUGCAGCAGGAGGAGCUCGGCCAUGACCUUCUUAUGGACAUGGAUGGAUACAGAGAUCAGCUGCUGUCCUCCCCUGAGGGCUCUCCCUCCUAUUACUCCUACCCAGAGGCAGCGCUCACCUGUCACCAAUCACCCUCCGACUCUCUCCCUGCAGCAUCUGAACAAACCUUUGACCAGGGAGCCUUUGGUGUGCUCGCUGCCCACUCUCCGCUUUCCUCUUCAUCUCCAACCUAUGAUUUCCAAGCUUGUACAUCUGACGCUCGAUUAGUUCCAGACUGCCUGUCUGCGUCCGACAUGUGCGAGAGCCCGGUGGACUGUGCUCUGCAUCAAGACGAUUUCAGCCUCCUAGAGCAGCCAGAAGGGGGAAGCCUCGUCCAAGUGCAUCAUGUGCCCCACCACGUGCUGCCUAUACAUUCCAGUCUUCUCACCCCGAGCCAGUCUCCCACAUCCACAGAGUCAUACCAGUACAAUGAGAGGGAGCAGGCAGAGAUCAGCAUUCUGGCACAGCAGAUCUCCUCCCUGGCCAGCAGCUUUGACAUGUACCACACCCUGAACCCGCUUCAAAAUGUGGCCCAAGCUGCAGCUACCAACGCCCUGCCCUCAGCCUGUGACUGGCCCCGUCCCCCUGCUCUCCCCUCUGUCCUUCCUCUUAAGCGUGAACUGGUCAUUGAUGACGGCGUGUUCGAUAGCAUCCUGAAAGACCUGGACAUGGUCACAAGAAAAAGCAGUGCGUCCGGCCCCGCUGUUCUGCCGUACGGCUACCAGCAGGGUUUAGUGUGCAGCAGGAGCGGGCCCCAUCAUUUGGAGCAAGAGCCCCUCGGCCUCUCCGUGGCCAACCCGGGGGACCCGCUGCCUGCGGAGCAGUUCACUGCCAUGGAUACCUUCAGUUUGCAUUUGGGACGCCAUGACCAAAACACUGGGUUGCAUCAACUCAAUCACUAUAUGCAGAGUAGUCUUCAGCAAGAUGGACUUGCUAAAGAAAACCUGUACUGAAAUAAGUCUGUGACUUUCUGUACUACCACUUGUAUGACAUAUUGUCAGGGCAAUCUUCC